AUGGCAUCAUCUUCAUGGGAUAAAUGGCGUGAUGAUUUGAGAGAUAUAGAUUUUUGGUUUAACAGAUACCAUGAAGAGGAUGAUGCAGGUCUUAAGUUCACUAUUAAUCCAUGGAGGUAUUGGAAUGUUGGAGCGGGGCCCAUGGCUUCCUUCAGACUAGCCAGGUCAGGCAGGGUUGAGGGAAUCUGUGAGAGCUUUGGGCCCUUCAAAUCCGUGAUAAUGGUGGAUCUGAAGCCCACGCCAACGGUAGAUGAAGCACAGGGAACAAGUUUCAUGAGCAUCAAGUACCAGUUAGCCGUCGCUGCAGCAGAGGAGUUGGGGCUACUCGACCAAGAAUACAACAGGCUGAAGGAAGAGCACGACGAGUUGCAGUUUUACACCUACGGGUGCAGCGGUACUAGUGCCUCUUAUGUUUUGGAGAAUCGUGUGCGGUACACUAUAGUUCCUCAAAUUGGCAAGAAGUUGUCAACCGAGAAGUAUUUGCUAGUGGUCAAUAACCUCCAGUGGCCAAUUGUGCCUGACAGUUUUAUGAAGGAUUGCGGGUUUCCUCCCCCGCUGUGGACAGAUUCUAAGUGGUUCAUCUCAACCACUUCUGAGGAUGUCUGCAACAAGAGCAAGCUGGAAAACGAUUGGGUUAUACCCUAUCCCACAGAUAGGGAUGUUGUGGCGCUUACCCUCUCUGCACUGCGUGAAUCGGCACAGCACAUACUCAACAUGACCCAUCAAGAAAGCAAGGAAUACUGGCAUCACAUAGCCCUCAAUUGCUUCCACUUUGCCAUGGUGAUCUUUGCCAAACAUUCACAGAUGGCAGCGGUUACCUCGGACGAGCUCAUCCAUCAUUGGGCCACCCAAGGCAUCUUGCCUCGUAUGACCAGUAGUGAAGAAGAAAAAGAAACCAACAUCUGCAGCAGCAAGUGUGCCUAUAUGUAUCGAGUUGGAAGGGUCAUCCUUGAAGCAUUUGAGAAAUACUCUUUGUUGCAGCUACCAUUCUCUCCUGCCAAUGAAGCUCAUGAAGCCACCAAUACUGCUGCACAAUUCCUUGCAUACCAUGCCCUCAUUGCAGAAGGCAUGACAGUAGGUGAACUCGCGGAUCAUAAGAAAAAAUGGAUCGCCUUUUUGGAUGAUCAUGGAUGUCAUGUAAGCCGAGAAUGGUUGGGGCCGGGGGAAACUAGGGGGGCAACUGCACUUAUUCUAAGAGGUUGCUCAGACCAAUCGGUCAUACUUUGCAAGCUGGGCCAUAUCCUGCCCAAACUUAUAUUUCUUCAUUGUCUUGAUCUCUCUUACACUCAACUGAAAACACUCCCUUCUUCUAUCGAAUGUCUAAUAAACCUUCGACUGCUUUCACUUAGAGGCUGCCAUGAUCUCAAAACUCUUUCCAGUUCACCCACAACAAGUGCCACAGACUCGUCAACAAAUACUACGUCAUAUUCCCCAUUAUCCACUCUAUACAAGCUUGAAAUUCUUGAUAUGAAUGGAGUUCCUUUUUCUCAUAUAACACAAAAUGUAGCCAACCAAAAGAGCAACUUGAUUUACCUCAACAUGUCCUAUUCAGAAAUAUCUACUUUUCCACCAAAUGUUUUUCGGGACAUGUCAAAUCUUGAAGUGCUUAUUCUUGCCAGCUGCUCCAACCUUCUCCAGCUUCCUCCUUCCAUGGCAUUGCUAUCCAGCCUAGUAACCCUUGAAGUCACAGGGACCCAAAUAAAAUGCUUCCCGCCGAAGAUAUUUGAAGAAAUGCAGAAGCUUCAGUCGCUCAAGCUCAUCGACAACAAGAAAUUGAUUUCACUCACAAGACCAAUCUCUAGGUUUCAGGGAAUCAAGUUGGAAGGGCAUCCUAACCUUAUAUCAUUCGUCUUGAUCGGCGCACCUCACGUAAGGUGCUUGUCUUUGCGUGGAUGUAGGAAACUCGAGUCCGUCGAGAUAAAGAAUCUUGGUGCGUUGGAAGAGCUAGAUUUGUCCGGUACAACUAUCAAGGAGCUCCCUGCUGACAUCCCCAAUAUGCCCCAUCUUAGGAGAUUGCUCCUACUUGGUGUUCCUUCUCUGAGGCGAUUUCCUUGGCAUAGGCUGGAGCGACUCCCUGGUGUGUUUUUCUUGGAUAAUUGCUCAGAAGGAAAUGGUAAUCACUCUAAUCAAGUUUCCCAAGUGUGUGUUACUGACGCCAGGUUCUUCUAUAGCUUCCAUCGCAAUGCUCUGAAUUUAGUAAGACAUGGGAAGUUUUUCCAAUCAUUUUAUAUUCGAGUUGCACCAUGCAUUACAAAUAGUAUGCAACUGCAACUGCAAGAUGAAGAAAUCAUGCUAGCUAACAAGCUGGACGAGUUGCUACAGAAACAGUUAACAUAUGUAGAUGUAUAUAGCAGAUAUUUUGCAGAGAAAAUUGCUAUUGCCCCACAAAUUAGAGUUCCCCUUCACCGAACUAAGCGGCAUGUGGAUAUCACAGGCGGGCAACAGUCACACAAUGGUUUAGCAUACCUUCUGCAUAUCACGAAAUCAAUAUCAGUGACAUAUGAUACUUCUAUCAAGUCUUUUUCUAACUUGAGCGGUUUUGAUGAGCUGGAAGAAUGUGAGCUUCAAUGGUGCCACAAAAUAGACACCGUUUUCCACAACUUCAUGGAAAAUCUACGGAAUGUGCAUGUGUCCAACCUCAAAAGUCUAGUUAGAUUCUGUUCACCAUACUGUUUUGUUGAAUUCAGUUCACUAGAGCAUCUACACCUGGAGAACUGCCCCAGAUUGGAGAUCCUGAUGACAUAUGGUGCAUCAGCACUACCAUGUCUCAAGACACUUGACAUCAUGUUUUGCUACAACCUCAAGAAACUAUUCUACAGUUAUGAAGAUCAAGAUCGUGCUUAUGAGCUCCCAAGCCUCCAAAGGAUACGUCUACAGGAGCUGCCACUGCUAAAGCACUUUGAUGACAAUGAUGCCAUCAUAACGGCACCGGCAUGGGAGGAGCUCCAUAUCCGGGGGUGCUGGAGCCUUCAACGCCUCCCGCACCUACAAGGACGCCAGCCGGAGACAGUGAAGGUGAACUGUGAGAAGAGCUGGUGGGGCAAACUCCAGUGGGGGCCACUCCCACACCAUAACAACUAUGAACCGAAGCUAUCCCCAGAGUUUGCCUCAUUCGACGAGUCUGCCGACAUGAGCAGCUACCUCAGAUGA